CUGUUAAACUAUAGUGAAACCACUGUAUUGCUAUUGAAUUUGUAUAACAUUUGUUUAAGUAAUGCACUUAAGAAAAGUAAAAUAGGUGACACACGUGACGCAUGUGAAUUACCAGGCGGGUAUGAUUUGAUCCUGUGCAUUACGAUUGAACAAAAAGGUCGAUGGUCGAUGGAAAAUCAUCUAGUUCAAAGGUGGUGCAUCUAGUGUGCCGCAGACAUUAAAAGGAUCAGAAGAAAGAACGAGAAAGCGAGAAAAAGAGUGAGAGCCGGAAAGAGAGUCACAGAAAGACAACGUGCUUUCCACUAUGUUGGCAAUAUAAACAAAGGGAGAAACGCCGACCAGCGGCAUUAGGCAGCGAACGGUUGGUUUAAGUGGAUGCGUAACUCGCAGCCACCGACGGAGUAGCGAGGCCUCGUAGUGCUAGCGUGCGGCAUUGUAACAGAUCCAUCGAAUAUUAGCUUGUUGAUAGUGAACCUAUCAGUGCAAUUCGCUUUCUGCAUUAUAGUGCUGAAGUGCGUUUCCCUCUGUGUGUGUGUGUUGGUGCGUGAUUACCAUACCAGCUGGUGCGUAAGAACGGAUACGAAUAAACAAUAGUUUCGGUCUCAUCAUCAAUCGUCGUGCAUUUAGUGGGCAGGUGAUAACCAGAACGAGAUUUUUGCCAGUGAGCUGUAGGGAACAAAACGUACGUCGGCAGGUUGCAGCAAGGUGUAAUAGCAAUCAAUCAGCCAGCAUCAAUCAUGCGGGCUAUCAAUUUGUUUGCCAUAGUGAUCGGUUGGUAUGCGUUGGUCGGUCUCUUACCAGGUGGCAUUGGCGCUGCCCAACUAGAUUCGGGUACUAUUGGUGAAGAGCGCAUCUUGCAGCGCAAAAGCGAUGACCCGAUCGUUGCGCCAGUACCUCAGUACGCAUUCGACAACUCUUCGAUACUGCAGAAACAGCGUGCCUACCAGCCGGAUGUUGGCGAGCUGGAUUUCGUGUACCACAACCAUGAGGAGAUGACGCGCUACCUGCGAGCGACUACGGCCCGCUACCCAAAUCUUACUGCCCUCUACUCGAUCGGCAAGUCGGCUCAAGGGCGGGAUCUCUGGGUGCUGGUCGUAUCGGCAUCACCGUACGAGCACAUGCUCGGCAAACCGGACGUCAAGUACAUCGGCAACAUUCACGGUAAUGAGGCGGUCGGACGAGAACUGCUGCUGCACCUGGCGCAGUAUCUGGUGUCUAGUUACGCCUCGGAUCCGUACAUCAAGUGGCUGCUGGAUAACACCCGCAUCCACCUGCUGCCUUCACUCAACCCGGACGGUUAUGCUGCCUCAAAGGAGGGCACAUGUGACGGUGGCCAAGGCAGAUACAACUCGCGCGGCUUCGAUCUAAACCGCAAUUUUCCGGACUACUUUAAGCAGAAUAACAAGCGGUCGCAGCCUGAAACCGAGGCUGUAAAGGACUGGAUCUCCAAGAUACAGUUCGUGUUGAGCGGAUCGCUGCACGGGGGGGCCCUUGUGGUCAGCUAUCCUUAUGACAACACACCCAAUGCCAUCUUCCACAGCUACCUGUCGCAACCAUCGCUAACGCCCGAUGAUGACGUGUUCAAGCACCUCUCAUUGACGUAUGCCAACAACCAUGGCAAAAUGUCGCGCGGUGUUGCCUGUAAAACCGCGUCACCGUCGUUCGAAAAUGGCAUCACGAACGGUGCAGCGUGGUACCCCUUAACCGGUGGCAUGCAGGAUUUCAAUUAUGUCUGGCACGGCUGCAUGGAGGUGACGCUCGAAGUGUCGUGCUGCAAGUUCCCUCCGGCAUACGAGCUGCGAAAGUACUGGGACGAUAACCAGCUGUCAUUGCUGAAAUUCUUAGCCGAAGUACACCGGGGUGUGCAAGGUUUCAUUGUAGAUCCAACCGGUAAUCCAGUGGAGCGAGCGCAGCUCAAGAUCAAGGGCCGUGACAUCGGAUUCACCACGACCAAGUACGGUGAAUUUUGGCGGAUAUUGAUGCCAGGCGUCUACAAGCUGGAGGUGUUUGCCGAUGGCUUUCUGCCGAAGGAGAUUGAUUUUAUGAUCGUUGAGCAGCACCCUACACUACUCAAUGUCACCCUGCAACCGUCAAAGCGGACAACGCAUACCAUUGUACAGAUGCCCUUUUCUUCCUCUAACACGCAAUCGGAAGUGAGUUUUGGCGAUACCGAAACAGUGUCCAACAUUGACGAGGUAAAGGACCUAGUCCAGCUUCCUGUUACUAGCCCCGUGCAACAGAUGCCCGAUGUAGCUGCUAGCGUUUCACUGCCUAUGAACACACAUAACAGUGAUGGCAAUGCCGACGGUUUUAGCGCGAACGGCGGCGAUCGGCUCAUUUUCACUCCCUGAGCCGGCGUUCUAGUACACCCUGACGUCAUCUUCGUCAUCGUUGUCACCGAAGUCAUCGUUCCGUAAUGUUCGUGAUUUUCUUGGAUUAGCUGCUGUAUCGUGUACAUAGUUCGAUAGACCUCCAGGCGGAUGCGUUGCCCUGGCUUUAGUUAAAAAGGAAACAAAGGUGAUGGUAGCCAUAGAAUUCAGGCGAAGGUGUUUACAGAUCCUCUAGUAUCCAAUACACGUUCAAUAAAAAAAUGGCAAUUAUUCAAAUCUGUUACUCACCUAGCUUUAAUGGUUUAGCGUAUAGACAUGCAGCGAAGAUGUGCAGCACUUUUUUCAAAGUCAUCCGUUUCUUUAAUUACCUCAAUAAUAUAUCUUUUUGUCCAACAUCCUAGAUCGGCAAAUAUAGCUUGAAGUAUGUUGGGAAAAAGACGAUUAAUGAAAAAACCGACAGAAAACUUAAUAGCUGCCUUCGCCUACCAUUAAUUUCUAAACCCAUGUAAAUACAAAACGACGAUUCUAGUGCUUGAUUGACUUACGGAUGGUAUUGGGAUUGUGAAUUAGUUGACGAACUAGAUACUAAUACAACUGUGACACAUGCGAUAAUCGACAAUCCCUUCUGCUCACCUCUACUUCAAAAAUG